CGGAAAUUUCAAAUAUAUUUUGUGUUUUCGCUAGGUCUAUUUUCGAGAUCUCAGUCAAUUUUCACCAUUUUUAUUUUGGCUGAAAUAGAAUAAUGCUAUGGCUUCUACCUCUCAUUUUAAUAACUCCAAUUCACAACAAGUCAAUUUAUCAGAAUGCUGUAACAAGACUGGUGAUCCUACCAGUUUAUGGUGUGAUGAAUCAUUAGAGAAUUCUGGUAACAUUCUGGAUCAUUGUAUAUGUUAUCCAAGUACUCCAAGUUCAUUUUCUACUACAUCAGGAAGUACAUCUUAUUCACGUGAUCUUUACACAACAUCAAGAUUACGGAGUAGAUCAGAAGAGAAAACUCAUAAAUCUGAGUUUCCAUGUGAUAUAUCUAUCAAUAAUAAACGUCUUACAAGUGUACAACUUGUUUGUAAUUCAUGUUCAUGCCCUGAAACAAAAGGUUCAGUUCAUUUAUUAACAGAACAAAAUGGUAUUUUAGAAAAAUCUCACUCGACUUCCAGACAGGGAGACAACUGUAAACAGAAAGAAAGAUUAUGUAACAAAUCAUACUCUUUAUUCUGUUGUAAUGAAGAUUCGGAUUCAGUUCCGCCUGCAAUGGCUCUUAUCAAUGUCAAUCGUCUUAGUACACGAAAUUUAAAUCUUAUCAAUUUAAAUAAUAAAAAUGAUAAUACAAUAGCUUAUAAUAAUAAUAAUAAUGAAAAUAACGACAACAACAAAAACAACACCUCUAACGCUGACUUACAAAUCUCCCAUGCUAAAAAGACAAAGUCGCUUCUUCGCAACUCAAGAAAGUCACUGCCUGCAAUUCAUUUCGAUUAUGAUUUGGAAGUGAGUCAUAGCAGUGGUACUAGUAGUCUGUCUGAUGCAGCUGUAGGUGUUGAUGAACAGGAUUUUUAUCUACAAACUGAUAAAUUGCUCACAGUAUUUUCAAAUGGUUCGCAUAGUCAUAAUAUACAAUUUGGACAAACUGGUGCAUCAGCUAGAGAUUCUGGUUUAAGUUCACAUUCAAGCAAUUCAGUAAAUUAUUCACCAAAUUCUACACAAUUGUCUUCUAAAGCAGUGAAUACUGCUACUUGUCAGUUGAAUCUAUCUCCUACAUCUCUGCCGACUCCGUUACCACCACCAGUCCCUGAACAUGCUCCUCAUUCACAGGCUAAGAUUGCAUUGGCACGUCGAAAAGAAGGAGGCAUUUCAAAUGCGACAUCAAUAACUUCAGUCCCCCAGGAUAAUGAUACUUCAAAAUGUACAUGUUUUAAAAAUGUUACCAAUAAAGCAAUUGUCAAUAAAAUCACUGGGACAACUAUACGCUUACAUUCACAUGGAAAUGAGGCUAGAACACGUUUAGAACCUAAAGACUAUAAAUUUAAUGGAGAACCGAAAGAACAAACUCUCAAAUCAUCCCUUUCACCUAUAUGGAAAAGAAAAUUAAGUAAUUCAACACCAAAGUUAAAAGGUUUGCUAACUGAGAAACAACCAACCAGGACGACGACCAUCACCACAACAACGACAAACAUUACCACUCCCAGUGAUAUACAUUAUAUGCAGUUUAUUAGAAUGAACGGAGAAGAAGAAGAAAAAAGGGAAAAGAAUGUAAAGCCUAAUCCUCAAUAUGAGGAAAAUUCACAUCAUAGUAAUAACAUCGAACAAUCCAGUAUUCAUGCAUACCCACCUUCGAAUAAUUCUAGCAAUACACAACAACAACAACAACAAAAUCAGCCGCCUGCUUGUAUAUUAUGCACAGUUAAUUGGCAAUUUUAUUUAUCACAGCCUAGUAAUCUUCUUUACAGUAUUAUUGAUAAUAGUGAUGAUAAUACUAAUAGUGAUAAAAAGGCGAUUUAUUCAAAUGAAAGCAAUGCAUGGUAUUUUUUAAGUCAUGCUGAUUUUCUUAAAUCUACAAUACACCUAGUUAAACCGGAACAGUGUUACAAUUGUCGUAGGCAUAUUUAUGCUGUUGGUAUUAAUUUAUUUAAUCGAAAUCCAUUAAGAGGUUUGAAAUUCUUGGCAAAACAUAAAUUUCUCAAAUUGUCUUCCAGUGAAGAAAUUUCUGAAUUUAUUUAUAAUAAUCCUGAUUUAUGUCGUUCCAAAAUUGGUGCAUUUCUUGGACUUCCUCCUAGUGAAGAAAUCAACCCUACCGAAGUAACAAUGUUACUUCUGAAGACUUUAAAUAUGUCAAAUUUGGAGGUGGAUGAAGCAUUACGAUUAGUGGUCAAUCGAUUCGGUAUGCCGGUGGAAUCACAAGAAAUUGAUCGUUUACUCCAAUGUAUCUCAGAAUAUUAUCAUACAGUUCGUUGGCCGUCAUCUCCUAUCACAUCAAUAAAUAUCUCCUCCAGUUCAAAUCACCACCAGUCAAAACAGACAGUAACACCUCCAAUUACUGUUGAUCAGUUAUCGUUAAUAUUCUAUGCUAUUCUACUUCUUCAAACUAGUCUACACAAUGCGAAUGCUGCGAAAUCAAGUCUAGGCAAACAGAAUGUCAAUCAGUUUAUUAAAAAUGUACACGAUCUAUUAAUGUCUUCCUCUACAAAUGAAGCAGACAAUGAUGAUAACCAUGAUGAUAAUGAUGACAGACAACGUAAAUCAGUAGUGAAUGAAUGCAACAGUAAUGGUGUAGAGGCGAGACAAUUAUUUUCUAAUCGUAUACUAACUGAAAUUUACCAUCGUAUUAAAGCGAGACCACUACUAACCGGUGCUGAUCAAACAGAUACUGUCAGACGUAUAUCAAAAGCAAUGGGAAAUUUAAAUCAAGUGAAAAUUCUACCGCACAGAUCUACGACAAAUAUUUUUGAACUGGUUGAUACACAUCGUAGAUUAGUGUGUUACUGUACUGUUAUUCAUAUUAUACAAAAUCAGCCUCCAGAGAAAGAGACCAGGGCACUGAGACAUUUAUUUGUAUUCAAUGAUCUAGUUAUUCUUGCCAAAGAUGCCUCAUCCUCUUCCUCCUCCACGUCAUCAUCAUCAUCAUCAUCAAAACACCAGAGUGGUAGAAAAUCUAUCUUCGACAAAUCAAAACAUCGGCAAAUAUCAACUGAUAAUGUGCUAUUUAGUCGACAUAAAUGCAACGAUGAAUUCCUUCAACCACCUCUGGAUUUGCUGAUUAACAGUUUCGAUGAUAAACCUCAACAACAAAUGAAUAACUUAGAGUCUAGUGCAUUUAUCUGUGCUCAGCCUACUGUUCAUUGUCUCCCGUAUACACGAAGGAGUCGAUCAAAAAAUGAUAUAAAUACUCAUAAGGCAGCAGCUAGUAAUUUUAAUUCACAUUCCUCUACACGUUUAACUGCUUUAUAUGCUAUCUCACUGGUUCAAUGUAAAAUUCGUCCUUUUAAAACUGAUGUAUAUCGUUAUGGCUUAGAGUUUUGGAGUUUCCCAAAAGACUACUCACCUACUGAUGAUCACUCAAUGAAUUCUGUUAAUAAUAAUAAUAAUCAACAACCAGAACAGUUAAUUAUUAUCUCAGCUUUAGCGAAAACUGACUAUCAUAAUCUACUGACAGAUUUAUUUGAAGUAAUUUGUGAAGCAAAUCAUGUUGAUAUGGUGUUGAACAGUUAAGUUAAUAAGUGAAUUCGUCAGCUCCUGUUUUUUCUUCGAUCAAAUAUUGUCGUGUGAAUAUAUGAUGAAAGUGUCCAAUUGGUUUCUUUCAUUGCUGUGUUUAUCUCUUUCCUGCCUUACAUUUAAUUAUGCAUCAACAUCACCACAAUUAUCAUCACCAUCGUCUCCUUCUUCUGUAGAUUUCAUUGAAUGUUCUGGUGCUGUCAAACCAAUACACUAAUGCACACGCACACAGACACAAACACACAGAGAUAUGCAUUCCAUAUUCUUGAUGAUUACUUGCUUCAAAUUAUUUUUAUUUUCAUUCUACUCUUUUGUGUUCCGAGUGAGAACACUAUAGGGCUUCAAGAUUCAGCCAAGGUUUUCAUUGUUAUUGUAUGAGGUGAGAUCGCUAGCCCCAUGCGUUGGUCGGGAAUAGAGCUCCAUGGACUGUGUGACUGACUGGCGAGUAUUCUUCCACUAAACCACUGACCUACACAGCUGCUUCACAUAGCUGCUGCUCUUUUCAAUGGUGGCACAGUGGUGAGAGCGCUCUCCAACCAUGCACAUGGUCUGGGGUUCGAUUCCCUGCCUGUGAAAUUUGGGCUCCCGAUAUUACAUGCUGAAAAUUCCAUACUUGUACCAAAGAUACGGUGUGGAAUCAAGUUGUAAUCAAAAAAACAUUAUUGGUGAUAUUAUCUUUCGAUAUGCUCCUUCGAAUGAAACUAGAUUAGGUAUACAGAAACUUAUGCAUAUUUAGUAAUAUAAAUUUAUACAAUAUAUGUGAUACAAACGAGAACUUGUUGUGUCUUUGAGGUUAUGAGUCCUUAUCUCUUGUUCCUUAUUACACUUUCUAGUUUAUAUUGACUUCAGCUAAUCAGAGAAGCAGCAUUAUUGUAUUUAAUCAUUCUUAAAAUGCACAAUUCCCUUGGUUUGUUUCCCUCAUUUGUAGUAUAACUUUCCGAUUCAGUCAAUUUUCUAGAAUAUUUUCCCAAUUAAUGCAUAUUACAACACUCCCGCGCACAGUCAUAUAGACAAAUAUAAAACAGCAUCUUGGACAGGCAGUUUCGACAAGCCCGUCGACUAGACAACGUGAUUACAUAAGUUCUCGUUUACUUACUUAUAUUUUUCUUUCUGUUUUUCCUUCCAUAGUUAUUUGUUGUUUCUUGAAAAAAAAAUUAAGAAAAUUUUUAAGAUUUCUAAAAUAUUAUUUAUUCAUCAAGCAAACUGUCUUACUCAUAUUCAGGUGCUCCUUAUAUGCUGUGAUUGAAUCUCUUGUGUAUUUUGUUGUCUGAUAUAUGCAUAUAAUAUAUAUCUGCAUUUAUGUGUAUAUCAGCUGUGGGUGUUGUUCCCCUGGUCCUCCUUAUUAAAACUCAUUCGAUUCAUUCACAUUUAUUCUGUAUGUGAUUUCUAGACACUUUGUAUGUAUGUAUAUUUGGUAAUUUAUGUAUAUUAAAUUAGAUUUUUAGGCAAAAGUAAGUGAACCGAAGUAAUUAAUCUUUGAACAACCAAAUUAAGUCAUCAUUAUGCCUAGGAGCAUCCACUGAGAUUACGUCACAAUUUCCUAUUUAUCUCUAUCUCUCUCUCUUUUCCCUCUUCUUCGUCUUACUUUUCUUUUCUUCUCCUUGUAUUUCAUUUUUUUCCAUCAGUUUUGCAUCAAUUUCUUAGGACAGUUUCUAUUUUUUCUUCAACCUGAUUAAAUCAUAUUGUGUUAUUCUCAACCUUCCAGCCCCACCACACCUCACCUACUCUACUUCCCUAAGUCUAUUCAUCUUCAUAUAGCUAGAGGACAUUAAAUUAGGAUGACAUUUGUAAAAUAAGCCGGUCACUUUUUCUCUUCAGAAAGAGAGAGACAAAUUUCCGAGAAAAAAACUUUCAAUUUUAUCAAAUAAAUGUAUAUUGUUC